AUGAGCCUGUUUUCCUCUUACGACGAGACAGACCUGCCCCAGAUCGACACAGAAACAUAUUCACUUUGUGAGCCGGUUAUUCCAAAAUGUUAUAGACAGAACCUACCGCCAACCAGUGCCAGUCAGGCUCGCUUGCGGAACUUUUCCGCAAAUAAGAAGGAAGACCUGACAUUUGUUCAAAAGAGAAUCACGGACACCAUGGAUCUGGUACAUGCCAGUGAGACUGCUAUAAAAAACCUGGAGAGAACUAUUCAGCAUACACAUCAUGUGGUGAGCAGUAUGGAGUACAGUCUUCAUUCGCUAGAGAGUGUCCGCGACGACAUGCGAGCUCUCGAUAGUGCAAUUAUGAAUAUCGCAUCAAAUGAGGAGCCUCAAUCCUUUCGGACUUGCCACGCGGUCAUCGCGUACAUUGGUGUACCAAGUGAAUCAAAGGAGCUCAAGUCUAUCCCUGACCAGACGUCUCAAUUGCUCUAUAGAGUCCACAACCUGCGACGUAUGAAGCUGGAGAUGGAGCAAGAACUCUUAGAUUGGCGCAUGGAGCUUGAAUAUCACACAGGUUACCUUAAACAACUCAAGGAUCAUCGCUACUCAUUGGUUGGGGUUAUUAAUGGGAUAAAAAAGAUCCUGUCGCCCGUUCGAACAACUCCGAGCGAAAUCUGGGUUAAAAUUUUUGGCUAUUGCAUCACAGAUCGCGAUCUGGAGGCCAGCCAUCAUAGCCUUCCAUCUCCACUUCUCCUCGGCCACGUAUGUAGCUUCUGGCGCCAAAUUAUCUUCGAAACGCCAAACCUUUGGGAGAGAUUUGAUAUUUACACACAGAGAUGGUGGCCCAAGUCAAUAUUGGGGAAUUUGGAGAGGACAAAACAAGCUGCUCCGAGUAACGGCCUCCGUUACCAUUUCUUUGGUCACUUUAAUCCGCGAUGGGCUUCUCAGGUACAACAAUUUACCAGCGGUGGUUACUAUAGUGCGUACAGUAAUCUCCAAAGACAAGACUUCGCAGAAGUACCUUCGGAUGUUCUUGAACAAUUCUCAGCCAUAAAACUCCAUGUCGGCACUGUAUUUAACUUCAGUGUCUACACUCCACCCACCACCGCAAUCAAGACACUAACUGUAACUGGCUCAUCCAGCGGAUGGGGAAGCGAACUUCUUACGUUUCUUAACCGCUGUAGCUCAGCAGAAGAGCUGGUUUUAGAAAAUAUCUGGCUUGUCCGGUCGACUUCAAUAUCAAUGCCAAACUUAAGGCGUUUACGCUUCCGAAUCGAUCGUUUUACACCUUUCGAUGUUUCUCCUUUCCUCCAUCUACCACUACGAGAGCUUGAUAUCCGCCACGAUAGCUCUGAUACUGUGAUAUUAGGGCCUGGUGCUGUGCCUCGUCUCACACACCUUCAGCACCUCGCGGUCACUCCGUAUGAGCAUCCGCUCCUCACGCACAUCCUGGCACCUAACCUGAAGAUUAUAACACUCUACCCGGCAAAUGCCCCCACAGUAGUUACUACAUCUUCGCCGGGACUGCAAAGUGCCAAUGACUUGAAUUCUACCCUCGCGAUGUCUUUCAUUAUUUCACUUCUACCCAAAGUUCAAAAGGUGGAAGAGAUAAUAUUUUUCGAGUGGACAAUCCAAUCUACCAUGGAUUGUGCGUAUGUCCUGGAGAAAAUCCUUAGUGUACCGUCACCGCUCCAGCAUAUUCGCUUUGACCGAUGCCAUCUCAAGGGUCCCACACUUAUCUCCCUACUCGCGAAGGCUAACAGAGAAAAUAUCAACACAGAGGAGCUGCUCGCCACUACUGUGCCCGAACUUGAUGAUACCGACUCCCCCUUGCUCUCCGCAUCACCCAAGGUCAAUUCUCUAGCAGAGCUCACACUCUCCUGCUGUACCGGUUUAACGCGGGUAUAG